GUCAAUCGUGUUUAUACAAUUAGCUAGUGAUGAUAACUAGUAGACUGCAUUAUAUUUGAUUUCAAUCGUCCCAAUAUAAAAAUGCAUUCCUUGCUGAAAAUCCUAAUUUCAGUUCUCGGCUGGUAGACGCACCGUUUCCAUUCUGACUUACGUAAGUCGUAUUUAUAUUAAGACAAGAUUUCUAAGCCAAUAAAGUUAUGGGAAUAUACCUCGAUGCGUGAACUACUUACAUGCACAGACUAUAUUGAGGAACCGCCGACGACGUCAUGUUAAUUAAUCGAUAGUGUUCUUUGGGUCAAGUGAAAUAGGAGCAAAUUUAAUAUAGUUACGCAAUUGGUUUAAUAUCCUCAUAGUAGGAACGUGCAUUCUGUAAUUAUAAUACACAUUGUGGAUGCUGGAAAGAUGAUUUUAUGUGAAAUAUCGGCUGGUGCGUUGAGCUGUCUUAAAUAAUUAUGUGGCACUUAUUACCUUAUUAUCUUGCUAAUCCUUGAGCUACCCUUUCCCUUAUCAUGUAAAACCUCUCCUGCAUAUCAUUACAUAUUUAAAUGACGAACAACACCGUUUCUAUGCUAUAUUGUUUGUUAAUGAUUUCGGAACGAUUUAUUUGGCUAGUAGCAAUACACGUAACGGAAGAGUAGCAUUAUACAAGAUACAUGGAAUGACUUCAGUUUUUAUGCAAAGACGGUCCACUUAUAUUAGAAGAAGCCUUGGUUGGAAUGUUGUGACAGCGUGUUUUGAUAAUAAAUGUUUUUAACAAGUGAUAAUGGCAUCAGAAAAUCAAGCCUCUCCGUCAAAACCUCGUUCAAUGCUGCCCCGAACCUUGGUGGUCAUCCUGAGUCCCAUAUCCGAUGUUCCCACAACAAACCUUCGUCGCUUUAGCAGCAAGAAGUUUGAAAAGGUGUUUGAAGAUUUCAAGCAGUGUAAUAAACAGAGUAUCAGUGUACAAUUACAAGAUGCUGUUGACGAUAUACAAUUUGUUGGUUGUCUUUCUCCUUUCACAUUGUUAAUUCAUGGAUCAACGGAAGAUAUGGAUACAAUAGAACAUGCCUGGGUCGGAAGGAUGUUAAAACCGCCCUCUGGCUUCCUUAUCAAAGAUUUUGGUGAAAUCUCAGAGGUGAAGAUGAAGCAGAUAUUGCAGUCGCAAUUUUUAUCUAUUUCUGAUACAUUAUGCGAGAUAGUGAAAGGACUCAACGAAUGUCAAAUCGCUUCUAACUUUGAAUGCAUUGUAAGCAGAUUGUGCAGUAGUUUUGAUAGCGUUGUUAUACCGCCAAUGACAGCCAUAAAGAAAAGUUUGGAUCUUUUAGUCGAAGAGCAAAGACUUACCUUUAUUAAUGGUUUGUAUAAUUACGUCGUCCCUUUAAAGCUUAGAAAAGAGUUGUCAACUCUUAAACCACUUCCUCAGGAUAAAGAGCCACAGGCCCCCCCAAAAGUGCUUAUUCUUCAAAGAAGAGAGCGACGGAAGAGAAACGUUACAUCUCAUCAAGAGAAUAUUCAUCGAAAAGACAGAAUUUAAGAAAUCAAAACGGGAAGGAAAAGGAGAGAGCAUUGAAAACGAAAAAAAUGAAUUAUGCAGGAAAGUGUACUGGAAAAAGAGAAGCAAGAUUAGAUAACAAUCGAAGUUUUUCAGGAAAAACUACUAGGAAUGGUAGAAGGAAUGAAGUUGUAAAGUCAAAUAGUUUAAAAAUUCGCAGACCAAAUCACUGCAUACCUCGUAGACAGUAUUCCUACGAGGAGUUACCUUCACAUGCAGUACAGGAUGAAACGGAAGUAAAAAAGCCAAAUAAGAAACGUAAUUCUUUUAUUGGUAAACUUUCCCGCCUGUUUAAGACGGAGGAUGGGAAACUAACAAGCAAUGAUGAAACAGAAGAUAAUUUUGACCAUAAUAUUAGUCAUAAAGAAUGGGAUAAAAUUACGACUAAUGAACAAGCGAAAUUGCUUUCCAGCAAAAUUGAAAUGAAGCAGCAAAAUGCAUUUGUAAAAGAGAGCAAGAAUGGAGUGAAAGUGAAAAGAAAAAAGGAGAGAGGUAUUAGUAGUGGCAAACCUUUGGACAAGAAAAGAUAUUCCGAGAGUUCGGCGAAACUAACGGCGAAACACAAGAAUACCAAUGUCAAUGAAGACGAAAGCCGUCUCCAAGGAUGCAGUAGGAAAUGUUCCUCACGAUCAAGUAAAACGUCUAACAACGCCAGCUCACAAUCGCGCUCUCCUGAUUGGUUAAACGCAAACUUUUCGCGCGAUAAUCAAAGUACCGUAGUCGUAGAGCAAAAUACAAAAUGCAAGCCUUCUCAGAGCAACGAGAACGAAGCGAGGAGGAAGAAAAAGCAACAAACGCCACCUAGGAAGGGUUCCUUAUCAUCUUUUUCAGACUCAAACUAUUCUUUCGAAAGUGAUUCAGACUAUUCUUUGAGUUCAGAUAGCAGCGUUGAUUUGAAAAGAAAAUCAUUUCAUUAUUCUGAAGAAGACACGACGGAUGACGAAUCACACCUAGGAACCUGGGAGGACUGUUCCUCGAAAUUCAGUUCAACUCGAGCAAUUUGCGGGGACCUGGAAAUGAAUACUCUCUCAAUAAACCAAAGCGAUAAAACUUCAUCUUCAUCGGACUCAACAAAAUGCGUUGAAAACCAUUCAGUAACAACAGCAUUGAACGGAAAUAAAACUUCAGAUCAUAACAUUUGCCCGCAACGAAAUAACUUAAAUGGCGGUAAUCUUGUCCAAUUCAUUGGAAUUUUGUGAUUACAUUGUGUUUCAAUAAAUAUAUUUAUUACGAAUAACUGUUGUACAUGUCAGUUUGUUUUCAAAAAUGACAAUUACGUGUAUACGCAACCCUACAGAUGAUAAGGUCGUUACUACGAUAUUUCUCACAUCUCAUGGACCGGGUCU